AUGCUGAGCCAGAGCAUGUCCACCCGCACCGUGGCCAGGACCGCCAGCCGGCGGUCCGUGGUGGCCCGCGCCGCUGCCACCGGUACCAAGGAUAAGAUCAAGAUCGGUAUCAACGGCUUCGGCCGCAUCGGCCGCCUGGUGCUGCGCACCACCCUCGACCGCGACGAUGUCGAGGUCGUUGCGAUUAACGACCCCUUCAUCGAGGGGGAGUACAUGGCAUACAUGUUCAAGUACGACUCGGUGCACGGCCGCUGGAACGGCGACGUGGAGGGCGACAAGAGCGGCGUCGUCAUCGGCGGGCACAAGAUCACCACCUUCACCGAGAAGGAUCCCGAGGCCAUCAAGUGGGGUGAGGUUGGGGCUGACUACGUGGUCGAGGCCACCGGCGUCUUCACCACCGUUGACAAGGCCUCUGCCCACAUCAAGGGCGGCGCCAAGAAGGUCAUCAUCAGCGCCCCCAGCGCCGACGCCCCCAUGUUUGUGAUGGGCGUCAACCAGGAGAAGUACGACCCCGCCACCAUGGACGUCGUCUCCAACGCCUCCUGCACCACCAACUGCCUCGCGCCCCUCGCCAAGGUCGUGAACGACAAGUUCGGCAUCCAGUCCGGCCUCAUGACCACGGUCCACGCGACCACCGCCACCCAGAAGACCGUCGACGGCCCCUCCAAGAAGGACUGGCGCGGCGGCCGCGGCGCCAACGGCAACAUCAUCCCCAGCUCCACCGGCGCGGCCAAGGCCGUGGGCAAGGUCAUCCCCGAGCUGAACGGCAAGCUGACCGGCAUGGCCUUCCGCGUGCCCACCCAGGUGGGGGGCGACGCGUGGUUUUCAGGCGUCGGGCGGGGCCUGCUCGCGUGGGGGUUUGCGGGGCUGCGUGUCGCUCGGUCGGCGUGCGCUUUUGAGAGGGCCCGGCGUCCCAGUGAGUGCAGGGGACAGGCUGCGUGCGACGCGAUUAUGUGCGACCUUGACCUGGCUCCAGAAUCACAUCGCACGCAACCAGCCCUUAGCGAUUAUGCGUGA